UUGAUAUCAACACUCAUCAUAUUUUAUCUUUCCUAUCAAAUCUUCACCAAAACCUGCCAAAAUGUUAUUCUUCCCGUCACUCGCGAUCGUGACGCUAACCGUUGUAACCAUAGCUAGUGGGGAACACUGGAAGUCACCCAACUUCAAAUCGUUGGCCACAGCUCGACAGGAAUGUGCGCUGUAUCUGCAUAUGUCAAACGACACUAUCGGUUCAUGUUCCCGCAAUGGAUAUCCGGAUGAGCCAAAAAUACGUAACUUGGUUCACUGUAUGCUGAUCAACGUUAACGCCUGGGACGAGAAUAACAAGCUUAAACAGCAUGUGCUCAAGAACUUCUUCAAGCCAACCGAUUCGGACACCUGCUACGAAAAUCGCACCCGGGACUGCCUGGAAAAGAUCGAUCUGCCCCAUAGGGAUACCAUUGGACGAGCGUACAGUUCGUUCCUGUGCUACUACCGCCAGUACGGAAACGUGGUCGAGGAGGAACAAUUCAUCCCGUAUCGCGAUAAUACCCGCCGACAGCUAAUGACGGAGGCUCUUGCCAUUGAAAAUGUUCCCCGUCAUGUUUUGGAGAAAAUCAGCGAGGGUAAGUUUCUCGACCUGAAGGAAGCUCCGAAUCUAGUCUUCACGUACACCGUACGGACUGGUUUCUACGAACCGCCGAUCGGUACCAACUUCGGACGUCUUUAUACGCAACACGGAGUUCCGGAGCUGUUGAACGAGGCACAAUGCUGUGAAGCUACCAUACGGAGGCAGUACUACGAAGAACCAACCCGAGCAUAUCAGACGUUCAAGCAGUGCGUUUCUCACCUGGUUUCAACGCUGGAGAUGGUUAAGAGCGUGGCGAAAGAUCUCCUGAAGGCCCCCAAAACGCCGUACUGUGGCAGCUGUGGAUCGCCGGCUCCCUACGGGAGAUAUGGCUCGUCCACGUGUAACAUUUGCGGUCGGAGUAAUGAUAUAACGACGGGGAAGCCGCGGGGUUGCUACUAUGGUCAGUGUUAAGUUUGAUUGGAUUUUGUUCCUAAAAUGAUAGUUUGACGAUAAGGUGAAAAUAAUUCACAGUAGAAACUUGUCACACUUUAUGUCUAGUUUGUUUAGUAUGUAAGUUGUGGGAAAUGUUCGAGUUGUUAUUUGCAGAAAUAUUUUUAAUUCGAAGAAAAUGUUUUACAUAAGUUUGAAUACAAUUCCUAUCACAAAAGGAAAUCUCUAAAA